CCAUAAAAGAACAAAGACUGAGAAAGGGAAAUAAAAGAGAGAGAGGAGAGAGAGAGAGAAGGGGCUAGAAUCGGAACAAUGGCCACACGGACGAGACAUAUUGCACCGCCGGCGACCGGAACGGGGACGAUAACCCUAACCCUAGAAAACCAAUCAGAAUCCGCACCCUCGUCAUCAUCAUCAUCAUCAUCAUCAUCACAAGUACCGCAACGACCAAUCGAAACCCUAACAUUGAAACUGAAGCCAAAGAAGAGAGUAUCAUGGAAAGCUGGGACAGUGGACAAUGAAUUCCUCAACAAGAAAAGUUCCAAAAAAUGUUGCAUUUUCCACAAAGAAAAGCCUUUUGAUGAAGACGAUAGCGAUGAUGAUGACGAAGAAAAUGACCCAUCUAAGAAGAGUCAUCAUCAUGAUCAUUGUUGUUCUAAACAGGAUCAUGGUGGAGAAGCAAGUACCAGUUAUUCUGAACAUCAUUAAUUUAUUUUCACUUGUAAGUUCUGUUUUAACUUUUUAUUAAGAAGGAAAAAUACAUUUUUGGGGUAAAUUGGUAUUAUUGGAGUUGUUCUGUUUGGAUUUCGAAAGUGAUUGUCAUUUUAGGUUUCAAUGGACAUGAAAUUGAAGAAUUGAUAUUCUGUUAUAGUAGUAUUUUUUUGGUUGUUAAGAAGGAAGAAGAAUGUUGUUUUUUGGGGGCGAUUUUGAUUAUUUGGUAGAAUUGGAGAUGUUUUGUGUUCAAAGUUGGAAUUUUGAGGGAUUUGAUUGGGAUUUAUGUUUCUAUGGAAAUGAAGAAUUUAUAUUUCUGCA